CCGCCCGGCCCGCUCCCCGUGCUCCCUGAGACCUGCCCAGAGCCGAGAUGCUGGUGGCGCUGCUGGUGCUGUGUGUCGCCUCCCUGAGCCUGCCCGCGGCCCACGGGGACCAGGGGGGCGGCUCCGAGCCCCGGCCGGGGAACCUGCUGGGGGCCCGCAUCCCCGUGUCCACCAGCAGCCCCGAGUUGAAGGAGUACACCCAGCUGGCCGUGCAGACCUUCAACACCGGCAGCAACAGCAUCUACUACUUCCGGGACACCAAAGUCCUCAAGGCCGAGAAGCAGCUCGUGUCUGGCAUCAAAUACUUCCUGACCAUGUUGUUUGGGAGCACCCAGUGCCGGAAGGGUGCGGAUACCGGCGAGGGAGUGAACCUGACCCAGUGCCCGUUCUCGGCGGAACAGGAGAAUUUCCAGUGUGACUUUGAGAUCCUGCAGGUCCCCUGGAAAAACCAGACCACGGUCCAGAAGUUCUCGUGUCUGCCCGCCUAAGGCCGCCCUGGCUUGGCCCAGCAUGGGGGGAGGGGAUGGGGGGGGCGCCUGCAGAGGAAGAUGGGACAGGCUGGGGGGGGGGGGAUGUUCCGGGCCCUGGAGAUUGCACAGCGGCCACGGCUGAAUGAAUAAACGGAUAAACCCA